AAACAGUACUCGUGUGGCGCCGCUUUGUGCUUCCGCAAACAGAACGGAGGGUGGCUGCGUCGGAGAUAAAUGACAGAGAAGAUAAGGACUUGAUAAUUUGGAGGCCAGUUUUACUAGUGUUAGUUUAUGAAGUUUUACCAUCUGUUGAAGUAAUCAAAAAUGGAAAAUUUUGCAAAAGCAGAGGAAUGUGUAAAGAUCUCUCUUGAAGAAGCAAAAAUAUCAAUAGAUUCAGAAACAGAGUCUUCAUUCAGUAUUAAUGAAAACACAGCUGCUCCUGGGUCUAGGCUUUUGGAGAAGGCUCCUACCUAUGGGCAAGUAGACACACUGAAAAAGAGAAAAACGGAAUUUGCAGAUGAUGUUAUAAAAGAGUUUUCCAGUUGUGGGGAAGAUAUUCCAUCCAAGAAAAAACUUGAUGCUGAAAUUGUCCCAGAGGAAAAAGGUUCUGGUGAUGAUGAAGGCAUUUCAAGGAAAAGAAGACUGGAAACUGAUGAUUUUACAAAAGAUAAACCUUCUCCUGGAGAUAACACCCAGAAAAAGAGAAAAAUAGAACUUGAAGAUGUCCUUGAAAAACAAAGAAAUUUAGAAGAAGGACACAGCUCAACAGUGGCUGCUCACUACAAUGAACUUCAGGAAAUUGGUUUGGAGAAGCGUAGCCAAAGUCGUAUUUUCUACCUAAGAAACUUUAAUAAUUGGAUGAAAAGCGUCCUCAUUGGGGAAUUUUUAGAAAAGUUACGACAGAAAAAAAAACGUGACAUUACUGUUUUGGACCUGGGAUGUGGUAAAGGUGGAGAUUUACUUAAGUGGAAAAAAGGAAGAAUUAACAAGCUAGUUUGUACUGAUAUUGCUGAUGUUUCUGUCAAACAGUGUCAGCAGCGGUAUGAGGACAUGAAAAACCGUCGUGAUAAUGAAUAUAUUUUCAAUGCAGAAUUUAUAACUGCUGAUUGCUCAAAGGAACUUUUGAUUGACAAAUUUCAUGACCCAGAAAUGUACUUUGACAUCUGCAGUUGUCAGUUUGUCUGUCAUUACUCAUUUGAGUCCUAUGAACAGGCAGACAUGAUGCUCAGAAAUGCUUGUGAGCGACUUAGUCCUGGAGGCUAUUUUAUUGGUACCACUCCCAAUAGCUUUGAACUGAUAAGACGCCUUGAAGCUUCAGAAACAGAAUCAUUUGGAAAUGAAAUAUAUACUGUGAAAUUUCAGAAGAAAGGAGAUUAUCCGUUAUUUGGCUGCAAAUAUGACUUCAACUUGGAAGGUGUUGUGGAUGUCCCUGAAUUCUUGGUCUAUUUUCCAUUGCUAAAUGAAAUGGUAAAGAAGUAUAAUAUGAAACUAGUCUACAAAAAAACAUUUCUUGAAUUCUAUGAAGAAAAGAUUAAGAACAAUGAAAAUAAAAUGCUGUUAAAACGAAUGCAGGCCCUGGAGCCAUAUCCUGCAAAUGAGAAUUCCAGACUUGCCUCUGAAAAGGUGGAUGACUAUGAACAUGCAGCACAGUACAUGAAGAAUAGUCAAGUAAAAUUACCUUUGGGAACCUUAAGUAAAUCAGAAUGGGAAGCUACAAGUAUUUAUUUGGUUUUUGCAUUUGAGAAGCAGCAGUGAGCACCAGAACAGCUGUGUUCCAUCUUAUACAGAUUUGAAUGAUCCACCUUAAAUAGAUUUGACAACUUUCUGUUUGUUUAUUUUAAUUAUUCUGAAUGUACAGGAUGCUGUCAGAAACUCCAGUGCAUACAUUUAAUAUUUGCUGUCUGUGACAGACUAACUUUGGUGUGUGUAUAUAAGAAUGAAUUGGGACCUUCUUCUUUAAAAAUCUAUUUUUAAUGUUCAAAUAAUUCCAUUUGCCUUUACUCUCUUAGCUUAUAAAAAUUAUACAGCUUGUUAAAGCCACUGAACUCUUUCCACAGUGCUCUGACUUGCUCAGUCUGUUUACAGUAUUAACUUUACUACAGUUUUAGAAUUGAUGAAGGAGUAUGCUGGUUUGCAGGUGUGUGUUCUCAUUUCCAUCAUUUCGUAGUGUGUUUCCAGAUUAAAUGGAUUGCUUUUCUGUGUAAUUGAAUGUAAUGUUCAGUAUGUAUCACUAAAGGUAUAAGUUUAAAACUAAAUUUUAGAUGGUCAUAAUAGUUAUUUACUCAGAAUUUUAGCCAGUUAUUACAUUUUGUUAUAAAUUGUAACUAUUUUAUUUGCUAAUAUGAUGUAAUUCUGGAAUCAGAGCAUUUUGGAUGCCAGCAUAGAAUGGCUUUGUACCUUGGGGGCUUUCUCUAAAAAAUUUCCUGCCAUACCAAUUAAUGUUUCUAGAUUUCAAGAAUGUAAUUAGAUUUACCUCCUCUUCAUUGAACAAAAAUGCUGUAGUUGUUUUUUCUCAAGAUAUAAUGGAAACCUCACCAUGUAAACCCAUUGCAGAUUAUUGUUGGAUUUAGAUGGGAACUGCAAUCGGGGGAUGUGGUUAUUAAAAACAAAACAAAACUGAACAGACUUCAGGUUAAUUCUUUCCUUGUUAGAUCUAGGUUACUGACAUUACCUGUUAUAGAUCCAUUACUUCCUUUGUCCCAGAAAGAAGCAGGAGUAUUGAUUCCUCAAUUAUAGUGUUGUACUUUGCAUAGUAGGAUCAAGCGUCUUACCACCAUUCAGAAUUUGUAUUUGCCAUUUCAAAACUAUACAGUUGUCAGUCCUGGCUUCUUGCUUGAUUACUGUUCCAAAAUUGAUGUGAACCAAAGUUAGGUUAACUGAUGUCUAUACAUCACUGUUCAGAAAAGUUGACACUUUUUGCAUGUAGGAAAAAACUUAAAUAGCAAAGCAGCAUAAUUAUUGCAUAUUCUUUUAAAAAUCAUUUCCUUUAAGCAUGUUUAAAAACAUUACUUUCUAUAAUUAUCAUGAAUACAUAUAAAAAGUGUAGUUUUUACUUUGUUUAUAUAUGUUGUUCAUGGGGUUGGAAUAGCAAGUCUCUUAGCAAGAAACAUUGGUUAAUGAAUUUAUGUUUCUUCUGCAGUCUGUCAGUCUCCAAACUGUUACCAGUUUACAAAAAUUAAGUCUUUUUGCCUUGGUGGUUGCCCUGAGUCAUUUGGGAAAAUAACAGUACAUCUGAUUAUGAUGACUGCUCUUAGCUUGCUAAGGUUUUUGUAAUGGUGUAGUGCUUAGGAAUUAGAGAUGGUAAACAGGUUCAUUUUAGUUCUGAAGGAAGUACCAGAAAGUAUUGUAAAAAUUUAGUAGAACAUAAAAAGCUUCUUUAUUAUUUUCUAUCACUAUUCUCAUUUAAUGGUCUUAGUUAAUUCUAAGUAAAUAAUAAAACAUGUUUAGCCUCUUUCUGUUCUUUUCACCCCAAAGGAUGGAAUAAUUGUUGAUAAUACAAAGCAGAGAGAAAAGGAAGGGCCAGGGCCAUGAGUAGAAAGGCGCAUAGGAGAUCCUGAAUGGAUGGAUCAGGGUUCUGGGGUCUGAGUGCACUGUUGUGUGUGCAGGAAAGGUGCAGAUCUGCACCUGAGAAUGUGGAAUUCCAGAAGUCACCCUUUUCUUUGAGUGUUAGUCUCACUGUCUUCUCUGGUCGUCCCUCCACUCCCUGGUGUCUCCUUGCUGCAAUUAAGUGCCUGGACAGUCGCCCCUGCCCAACAUCACCAAGCUGGUAGGACUCCCCACCACACACACACACACACACACACACACACACUCUCUCUCUCUCUCUCUCUCUCUCUCUCUCUCUCUCUCUCUCUCUCUCUCUCUCUCUCUAAAUAUUUGGUUACAUUCCAUUCCAGACUUGUAAUUAUCAGGAAAGGAAGGGUAUGGCUUUCACUGUCAGGUCAGUGAUGUAAACUGUUCAUGGCAGUGACGUGGGGCACUCCCAGACCUGUUUGUCCUGUGAUGAUGAAAGUAGAAAUGAAGAUAAAGUCAGCUAUUUGUGGAAAGAACACAACUUGAUAUUGGAAGGAUUGAUCUAGGAACAUGACUGGAUGGUGGUGCAACCAAGAACACUCAAAUUCAAUUUUCUGAGCCAAGGAUAGGCUAAAGGGAAGGCACUGUGUAGCCAUAGUGUCCAGAGAGAGAAACUGGCCAAUUCUUGCUGCAUUCAGAGGAGAGGUGUCCUAACCUACAGACAACAAAAAGCCUGCAGGUUGUAACUCUGCUUUUAUCUGUGCCCACAAAGCCUCUGGUUCUAGUGUGACUCCCCAGAGAAAUUUGCCUUCAGGGAGAGAAGGCAUUGAUUAGAGACUUUGAUGUUUAUUAAUUAAUCCUUGUAAUUAUCAGUUACAGCUUCAUUGCUUAACACCUCCCCAAAUUUAGAAAUUGAGGAAAUAUGAUUGCUGUCUAAAUUUGCCAAUGGCAUUAAUAGGGCAUCAGAGCAGAGGUGUACAAAGUGAGACAGGCUUUGAGGUGUAGGGUCCAAUGUUAAUCAUCAUUGGAGAGGCAGAAAAAGCAUUGUCUGAUAUCUGUAUCUCUGGUCCCAUUAGCUUUUUUGGGAAUUUAUUCUUUAGCCCUUACUAGCUCUUAUGUAAUUUUGAUGUCUUUAAGUACCCUUCUAAUGAAGAUUUGGCUUGUGUAGGUCUGCCUUCGGGAAAAAUACCAGUGUGCAUAUUCAGUAGAACAUUAUUUUUCACUGUUGUUAAGAUGACUUUUUGUUGUCUACCUCAGGCUUUGUAUGUAUCACGAGCCUGUCACUGCCAAGUCUCUGGAUUUUCAAAAUAGAGGCCAGAUCUAGGCACGAGGGCUGUAUAAAUAAAGUACCAAAAUGCCUUUGGCAUUUGCUGGCCAUUUAGUCGAGUAGGAAGCAUAUACAAUUUCAUCACCUCCCUAAUUGCUGUUAUAUCAGAUACUACACACCUCAUCAGAAGUUUCUUCAUUUUUCACCCUCUGACAGAGCAACAUUCCUGAUUCUUGAAAGCAAUAGGUGCAGUGGGUGCUAUACUUAUUUAUUUUGUGAUAGACUUAUUUAGCAGAUAUAUAGGGCUGGGGAGAGCUAACUCUCCACCUUGUAUCCUCUCUUCCACCUCUGCUCCCAUUUAGCCCUAAAGCAUGUGUGCCUGCUCCUCACUGUGAUACUGAGCAAGUAUGAUACAUCCAGGAGCACUCUUCUCAGUUUGUUUGGGGAGACAUGGUCAGUCCUAAAGCCCUUUGCUCCCUGAACUCCCAGUCCCUGCUUCCUUGGGGACAGUGUAGCUUGGAUAAAGUGAGGUUGACAGCUAACCUUAAGCUCCUAACUUAAUCAUUUUCCUAAUUUAAAUGUAACUCAUUUUGGUCAAUUGUAUGAAGUAAGGAUAGGGAUAACUUUUAACAGUGAGGAAACUGAGCCACUGAGAGGAUACAUAUCUGCCCAAGCCAGAGCCAAGAUUUGAAUGUCCCACAUCCCGCAACUCAGGCCUGCACUUCAACUACAUUGUUACAUUCUUCAAGGGGUGUUAUGAAGACUCAUGACUCCUUGUCCAUCUACUACCUGCAACUUGAAAUGUUAACAAUUAGAACACUCCACCUAUUUUGUUUAAAAUUUAGAUACAUUUUAUUGAAGUAUAACUGAUUUUUCACAAAUGAAACCCUUGAAUACCAUCUGCACACACAUCAACAAAAAAUAUUACCAGUGCCCUGGAAGCCCCCAUCAUGUUCCCUGACAGUUACUACAUCCCCAAGGGUAACCACUAUUCUAAUUUCUAAGAGUGUAGGUUGGUUUUGUCUGGUUUCGGAAUUUAUGUGAAUAGAAUCCAAUAAUAAAUACUCUUUUGUAUUAGGUUUAUUCAACAUUGUGAGAUAUUUGUUGCAUGUUUUUGUUCAUGGUUCAUUCUCACACUGCAUGAAUAAAUCACGUAUAAGUUAUUUGAUGGAUAUUUGGUUCAUUCCCAGUUGGGGAACGAUUAAUAGUACUGCUUCAAAUAUUCUUGUACAUGAAUUUGGGUACACAUAGGUACGCAUUUCUGCCUAGGAGUGGAAUUGUAUAUGUUGUAUAUUAUAUAUGUACUAUACAAUAUUUUCAGCUUUACUGGAUACUGCUGAACAGUUUACCCAAGUUCCUGUUGUCUCACAUUUUUGCCAGAAAUCAAUGGUGUUAGUUUUUUCCGCUUUAUUCUGGCAGGUAUAUAGUGGUAUUUCAGUGUGGCUUUAGUUUCAUUUCACUGAUUAUUAACAAGAUUGAGUACUUUUCAUAUAUGUUUAUUGGUCUUUACAUGUUUUCUUGUGAAAUACCUGUUCAACUUCCCCAUGUUUCUAUUGAGUAGACUAUCUUUUGUAUUGUUGGUUUUUGAAAAAUGUUUAUUCUAGAUACAAGUUCUUUGUAGAAUGUACUGUGUUGUGAGAAUGUAUUUGUUGAAAAGAAGUUCUUUAUUAUCAUACAAUUUACCAAUGUUCUUCAUGGUUGGCAUAUUUUGCUUAAGAAAUGUUUACUCCAAGAUCAUGAUUAUGAAAAACUGCCAAGUCCACACAAAUCUGAGGUUGCCCUUUCUGGUUGUGAGAUUCAGGAAAAUAAAACUGCGUUUAAGGACUCUAA